AUGCAUGAUAGUGAAGUUUCAGGAUGGCGAAAUUCUGACGAUCAGGGCAAAGACCCCAUUUCUUUACCUAUUGUACUGCCUCUACUUAUUGGGUAUAUUACGUGGUUGGUUGUAUUUGAUUUUGUUGGUGAUAUAAUAUAUGUUGCUGCCCAAUUGCUAUCUAAUAAUAAAAAUUCUGCUAUUGAGCUUACUCUUUGUGAAAUACACUGUAGUUAA